GCACAAACAGGGUAGCCCCAACAACAGCAGCAACCAAUGAAUGAAAAACAAAACAAUAGCAACCAGCGAAAUUACCAGUUUCGCUUUCAAGCCUGUGUGCUGAAAAGUUUCAUUUCAUUCGCGACGCAACGUGCGCAACAGCAGCUAAGCAGCUUCAAACUUUGGCAAGUGAUUUCGAACGAAAAGUUUGCAAGCAAAUUUAGUCCUUAAAAAGUGCAAAUAUAUAACCAAGUAGUGCUCCGAAGUGUUAAAGUGCUUGUGAUUAUUACGUUUUUUUUAAUAUAUUUAAACACCCACACAACUUAUCGCCAACAACAACUUCGCAAUGAAGCCCGCCGAUCUGACUGAGCAAUAUGCUCGCUUUCCGGAGAUCUCACGCGCGGAGAUUCAAAAACUCGUCAAUUGGAUACAAAGCCAACCGCAUAUGCAUAAUUUGUCGGAAGAGGAGGCCUUGCACUUCUUCCACGCCUGCAAAAACAGCAUGGAGGUGGCCAAGCAGGUGCUGGACACUAACCUAACGGUGCGCACGCAUUGCGAUGAGUUCUUUGCGAAUCUGGAUUGCGAGCGACCGGAGUUGCAGCGUGCCAUGCGAACGGUCUCCAUCUGUCCCAUCCCGCAAACAACGCCCGAGGGUUAUCGUGUUAUUUUUGCAAAAUUGGCGGAUACGAAUCCCUCGAGUUACAAUUUUGUGGAUUGCAUGAAACUUUAUUGCAUGAUUUUCGAUAUGUGGAUGUACGAGGAUGGCAUACGGCCGGGCCACGUUAUAGUGAUGGAUUUGAAAGGUGUCAGUUUGGGACAUGUGACGCGCGUUGGCAUAUUUCAGAUGAAGAAGUUUCUCUUCUAUUUGCAAGAAGCAGCUGCCCUUCGCCUGAUUGGCUUUCAUUUCAUCAACAUCGUACCGUUCAUGGAUAAAAUUUUGGCUCUAAUGACACCAUUUAUGAAAAAAGAGCUAAUGAAUAUACUGUAUGUGCACAAUAAUCUGGAAGAUUUUUUCAAAUAUGUACCACAAAGUAUCCUGCCUAAGGACUAUGGCGGCCAGAACCAAGAGUUCGGGGAAAUAAGCGAAACUUUUUACAAGAAACUCAAAGACAAUCGCAUGGAAAUGAUGGAAUUCGAGAAACGCCAUCAAGUCGAUGAGAAAUUGCGGCCGGGGAAGCCGAAAAGCGCUUCCGACCUAUUUGGCAUUCAAGGGAACUUCAAAAAGCUGGAUAUUGACUAGUGCAUUUUUAAGUAUUUCUGAUCAUAAUAUUGUGUUUUUAAUAUUAUAAAGUAUUAUAUACGAAUGUGGUGAUAGUUU